GGGCCGGCCAGGUCGCACCGUGAUUUCCGGUUGGCUGUGGGGGCUGGCGGGCCGCACGCACGCACGCACGCAUGCACGCACGCACGCAGUUCCCCAAAUUUCCAGCCAAGUUUUAGCCUUGGUUUGCGUAGCUGCCAAUGGAGGGCCCCCUCCCUCCCCCGCCGUGAAUACGGCCCAGAGAGGGCCUAGCACAAAGCCCCUUCUCUGAUACAGGCAGAUCCCGGCAGGGUUUUCUGAGGCAGAAUACCAUCUAUAUUUCUGUGUAAUAGCUCCAUUCAUUCCUCAAAGGCGGUGACUGUGUCUUUUCUUUUAAAAGUGCACUGUUGGGAGGAGCCGGAGACAUCCCUAAGGAGCUCCGCGGACCAGGAGCCUCCUCCCCCCUCCCUUUUUAAUCUGGGCUAAUGCUGCCUAGAUCCAGGCCCCAUCUCAACUCUGUUAAUCCUGGGCCCCAUCCUCCCCGGGAGAUAAUCCCUAAAAGAGCCCGUUAAAGCUCCAGCUGGGAUGAGUGGUGCCUACCCUAGACAUCAUUUUCUCGGGCUUCCUGGCUUGGGGCCAAACCGAGGCUUUGGGCUGGGACCUCACCUGCCUGCCUUCUCAGUAGCAAAUGCUGGAAGGGGACUGUCUCCCCAUCCAGCGGGCCCCUCCCAGGGGAAUUAGAAUGGAGCCUUUUCCUUGUUGGCUGCAUUUUGCGGAGCCCCAUCAGGGAAGGUCACACACGAUAGGCUGUGGAGGGCAACCUCCCUUGAAGUCAGGCCAAGGGAGAGAGCCUGCUUUGUUCCUCCAGAGAAAGAAGGGAGGGGAAGGGGCUUCCAGUUCCCAAAGGGGGGAGGGCUCUCCCCUUGUCCACAGGCUCCCUGCCUGCCAAAUGUUUGAGUCCGAUCUCAGGGGGAUUUGCUGGCUUUAACUCUAAAGCCAUUUUGCCUUCUAGUCCUAAACAUCUGUCACUCAGGCCUGGAUCUCCCUCCCCCCUCCCCAGCCAGCUGGCCCCAGUGCUGGGCAGCAGCUCAGAGGCCAGGGAUCUAGGGAGUGCUAGGGCUCAGAGCCUGGUGAAGUCAGACAGGGCUGGCCAGCAAGUGGGGAGGAGGAGAAAAUGACCCUGGCAGCCCUUAAGGAAGCCGGCCACCAAAGCCUCAGCAGGGGAUUCCAGACAGGGCCUUGCUGGAAGCCACCUCUGCUGCUGCUACUGCCACUGCUGCUAUACUGGGUGGCCCCAGUCAGAUCGCAUCGCACCGUUGGGGAGGCCGUGCGGCUCCCAGGGGAUGUGAUGCUGGGUGGCCUGUUUCCAGUGCAUGCAAGGGGUGCAUCGGGGGCUGCCUGUGGGCCUGUGAAGAAGGAGCAGGGUGUGCACCGGCUGGAAGCCAUGCUCUAUGCCCUGGAUCGCAUCAACGACGACCCGGCACUGCUGCCGGGAGUGCGCCUGGGUGCCCGACUGCUGGACACGUGCUCCCGGGACACACAUGCCCUGGAGCAGGCACUGACCUUUGUGCAGGCACUGCUUCGGCCAGCCUCAGGGGCCCGCUGCCCAGGGGGUGGCCAGCCCAUUGGGGCUGUUCCUGAGCAGCGUGUGGCUGCUGUCGUGGGUGCCUCUGCCAGCUCUGUGUCCAUCAUGGUGGCCAAUGUGCUGAGGCUCUUUGCUAUCCCACAGAUCAGCUACGCCUCCACGGCCCCAGAGCUCAGUGACAAUGCCCGCUACGACUUCUUCUCUCGGGUGGUACCCCCAGAUUCCUACCAGGCCCAGGCCAUGGUGGAUGUGGUGCGGGCCCUGGGCUGGAACUACGUGUCCACUCUGGCCUCUGAGGGCAACUAUGGCGAGAGUGGGGUUGAGGCCUUUGUGCAGAUUUCCCGGGAGGCAGGAGGCGUCUGCAUCGCUCAAUCUAUCAAAAUCCCCAGAGAACCAAAGCCUGGAGAAUUUGACAAGGUCAUCAGAAGGCUCAUGGAGACACCCAAUGCCCGGGGCAUCAUCAUCUUUGCUAGUGAGGAUGACAUCAAGAGGGUCCUGGAAGCUGCCCGACAGGCCAACCUGACGGGCCACUUCCUGUGGGUUGGCUCAGACAGUUGGGGGGCCAAGACCUCACCCAUUCUGAAUGUCGAGGAUGUGGCUGUGGGUGCUAUCACCAUUCUUCCUAAGCGGGCUUCCAUCGAUGGAUUCGACCAGUACUUUACCACCCGCUCUCUGGAGAACAACCGAAGGAACAUUUGGUUUGCUGAGUUCUGGGAGGACAAUUUUAACUGCAAGCUGACAACGAUGACAGCAGGCUUGGGUGCCCAGUCCGAUGAAGCUCCCCGGAAGUGCACAGGUGAAGAGAAGAAGACUAGGCCCUGGAUGGUGGUGGUGGCCACAGAGCCCCCAUCAGUCACUCAGUCAGUCAGUCUUCUCUUGGGGACAGGUGAAGAGAGGAUUGGACGAGACUCGGUCUACAAGCAGGAGGGCAAGGUGCAGUUUGUGAUCGAUGCAGUCUAUGCCAUCGCCCAUGCCCUCCACAGCAUGCACCAAGCUUUGUGUCCAGGCCACACUGGGCUUUGUCCUGCCAUGAGCCCCACCAAUGGGCGUGUGCUCCUGCAGUAUAUCCGAGCUGUUCACUUCAAUGGCAGUGCUGGAACCCCCGUGAUGUUCAACGAGAAUGGAGAUGCUCCGGGGCGCUAUGACAUCUUCCAGUAUCAAGUGACAAACGGCAGUGGCAGUUACCGUGCUGUGGGCCAGUGGACUGAGUCCCUGAAGCUCAGUGUACAAGACCUGGAGUGGUUGGGCAGCCCCUUGCUGCCCCCAGCUUCCCUGUGCAGCCUUCCAUGUGGGCCUGGGGAGCGCAAGAAGAUGGUGAAAGGUGUCCCCUGCUGUUGGCACUGUGAACCUUGUGAUGGCUACCGCUACCAAGUGGAUGAGUUCACAUGUGAGGCCUGCCCGCUGGGAGCCAGGCCAACACUGAAUCAUACUGCCUGUCGCCCCACACCUGUCAUCCGCCUUGACUGGGCCUCCCCCUGGGCUGUCUUGCCUCUCUUGCUGGCCGUGGCGGGCAUUGUAGCCACUGCUACUGUGCUGGUCACCUUUAUACGGCACCACAAUACCCCCAUUGUCCGGGCCUCAGGCAGAGAGCUCAGCUACAUCCUCCUCACAGGCAUCUUCCUCAUUUAUGCCAUCACCUUCUUGAUGGUGGCUGAGCCAGGAUCUGCCAUUUGUGCUGCCCGCCGCCUUCUCCUUGGCCUGGGCACUGCCCUGAGCUACUCUGCCCUGCUCACCAAGACCAACCGCAUCUACCGCAUCUUUGAGCGUGGCAAGAGGUCUGUCACUCCGCCGCCCUUCAUCAGCCCUACCUCCCAGCUCGUCAUCACCUUCAGCCUCACUUCUGUGCAGGUUAUAGGCGUGGUGGCCUGGUUGGGUUUCCAGCCACCACACAGCAUCAUCGAUUAUGAAGAACAGCGCACCCCAGACCCGGAACAAGCUCGGGGCGUCCUGAAGUGUGACAUGUCCGAUCUCUCUCUCAUUGGCUGCCUCGGCUACAGCCUGCUCCUGAUGGUAACCUGCACUGUAUAUGCCAUUAAAGCUCGAGGAGUUCCUGAGACAUUCAACGAGGCCAAGCCCAUUGGCUUCACCAUGUAUACCACCUGCAUCGUGUGGCUGGCUUUUGUCCCUAUUUUUUUUGGCACAGCCCAAUCUGCUGAGAAGGCAAGCACCCCACUGGCCGCCCAACCUUGUGGUGCCCACUGAUUGAGUCCUUUCUUCUGUCACUUAUACACUGGAACAGCUGCCAGUUAAUUUCAUCAUGCAUUUGUACGUCUCAUCACUCAUGCACAUUCACAUACCUGUUUGUAAAUGUUGUCAAUCAUUCAUGUUA